GUUUGACCUUGAACAGAUUAACUUCAGCAUCGUGUUUCCGGGCAUCGUCUCGGGAGGAGUGUGUAUCGUCACCAAACGGAAGCGUAAACGAUCCGGGAACGCUCGCCGCAGUAACGGUUGAAAUGGGACCCGUAAUGGUGAUGGACCUUGUCACCCACUCUCGCAUGUAUGAGAUCUCAAACAUUUUAGGCCGGCGGUACGGAGGGAGAUACAUGCUGUUCGACUCCUACAUGUUGUUGACCCGAGUCAGCAGCCGCUUGUUCUUCAUCGGAGGUUACGUGGGCGAGCGCACAGACAAUGAAGUUCAACUUUUCUGCUGGGACACUGAACAAUGUAGGCUGUUUGUCCCGUUCUUGCAAAUAGAUCAGUUUUUUUAUCGACGAGUUUCCUAUCUUUUUAUUACAUGAUUUUACCAAUAAAACGACAUACAUUAUAUUAUUUGUAUAACUGACCACUGAUAUGUACACCCACAAUUGUUCAUAUUGAGACUGGAAUGACAUCGAUCUUUUCUGGUCAAUUCAGAGGCAACUAUAUAUUUCUAUAUCCAAACAUCAUUUCCUGUGUAUUUAAAUUAUUAUAUACAAAGGCUCGCUUUCCACCAACAUUUUUUAUCUCGUUUGAUAAAAUAUGGUUUUAAAUGACAACGCAUGUCAGAUCUUUUAUAUUUUGAAUCACAUAAGAACACAUACAGAUGCCGCAAUCGAAGUUUGUUCUUACUUUUCAUGUCAGUAUUAUGAAGGUCCUUAUCUAAUGAGACGAGUUCUUUUAAAACUGUUUUCUAUGCACGUGCUUAAAGUGUCAUUCCAGAUUAGCCUGUGGAGUCCGCACAGGCUAAUCAGGUACGAAACUUUCCGCAUAUACUGGGUUUUCUUUUUGUAGAGACUUCAUAUAAACGAAAAAAUUCCAUAAAACCGGAAAGUGUCCUUCUAGAUUAGUCUGUGCAGUUACCAUAGGCUAAUCUGGGACGACACUUUACGCACAUGCACCGAGCCCAGUCAUCCCACAACGAGGUUCGAAUGUAUGUUUCAGAGAUAGAACCUUUUGAGCUAUGUGACAGAGAGGCCGUCAAAAUGGUCAUGGCAAACGUUUAUCGUCUCGAUGACGACCGUUUUAUGACCACGGGAAAAGGCGACAACUAUGACUUCCGAGUGUUUGACGUCAAUGUCGACACCCUGCACUCGAGCGUCGAUGGAACGUUUUUCUACACGUCCAGCGAUAACUUCUGGAAACACAAGGCUCCUGACGUCAUCACGUGGACUAUUCACCAUGGAAGCCAACCCACAUCGACGCCUGGGGCUAAACGCAGUCCUCCCUUAUAUUUAACCAAAGAGGCGCCGGCUUCGAGCCGCAUUGCACUCCCAUGGACUAGUGUUAAACCUGUUCAUCGAGGAGCGAUGCAAAGGCCCGGUCUUCUCUGUUCUGUCCAAAUAUCAACUGGACAUUCUAAUAACUGACAAGAUCUUGGUCUUUGGGAAAGAGGCA